AUGAGUGCUCAGGAACAUCCGACCAAAAUCACACUGCCACCAGCAAUUCGUGUUUCGCCACUCAUUCGGCUCAUGCGUUAUUCGUUUCUCGGAUUGGGUGCUGUAUGGGGAUUUUUUCGAUACAGGAUGAUCUGCGAGAAGCAUGCCAUUGUGCGGCAACAAGAACAUGAGAAGAAACUGGCUGAAGAAGAGCAGCAGCGUAUUCUCCGCAAACAACAGGCAGACAGAAGCUUAUAUGACAUCUACUUGAAUAUUCUGGAAACUGAUAUUGAUGAAGGCGGAUCGCUUUUCGGGAGCGUAAGGGAAUGA